AUGGCGGUAGCAGUUGUUGGCGACUUCGAACUGGAGAAGAUAAGAGCCGAGAUUCAACAGGAGAAACAAAUGAAAGAAAUGCUGGAACAGUCCACAGCAGAACUACAGUACACUAUAGAUGAGCUAGAGAAACGCUAUGAUGGCGUUGUGGAUGAGGGAAAUGAAUGGAAGACAAGAUGUGAAACACAACAGGAAAUGAACGACCAACUAGAUAAGCAGAUCGCAAUGUUACAAAGUAAAGUAAUGGAGGCUAAAAGUAACCUGAAAGAUGUCAUCGUCCCAAUGACAAGUGAUAGGGGCCUGCUGCUGAAAUAUCUUUCAGUUGGGUCUUACGGGGCUAUUAGUGAUCUCACAAGUAGUAAUGGCCCGGAUAAUUCUAAUAUGAGUUAUGUGGCAUCAGAUUCAAUACCCAGUACAGCCAAGACAAAGCCAGCAGGGAUCACAAUAAACAUAGCAAUAACAAGUCCACGCCAAGGAAGAGACAAGAUAUUUAAUGCUGGAAAAUCAACGAAAGACAUGAAGAACUUUGAUGAUCUAUCAGACGCAACUCCACACAUGGUCCGAAUGUUGGAAAAGGAGAAGAAUAUGCUACACAGCCAGAUGCGAGACAUAGAAUGGAGACUUGACCAGGAAUCUAAGGCAUAUCACAAAGCACAUGAAGAAAGGAAGACAUACUCAACAGAAAUCCAUGCAGCAGCUACUGCAGCAACCAGGAACAGACUACCAGUAUCACACAGAGAAUUGGAACCAAUACCUGGCUCAAGAACACCAAGAGACAUGGGCCGUUUUAGGUGUUCGCAUAUUGACAAUUGGUCAAAGACAAAUAAAAACCAUCCUCCUCCAAACAUAAGAGGACCUCGAUACAUGGAUCCUACAUGGACCAGUUUUACCCGAAAUAGUAAUAUUCCGGAAGAUCAAAGAAUCAUAGAUCCCAAGCGAGGCCCGAUCAGGAAGACGGCAGCUGUUAAAAGUCUUCCUAGUCUUGAAAUGGCCUAAUACAUAUACGCAAACAGCAGACUACUUAGUUAACGCAAAGACUUUGUAUGUAUAUGGUGUUUUAGACAGUGAUAUUUGUCAACAUGCUGUUUAAUUGGUUGAUUUAGUCUCUAUCUGUGAUAUAAGUAUCUGUGUUAUUUAAUGUGAUAAAGAUUUUGUUAUCUUCAGAGCUCCGUCACAUUUUGUAACAAUUUUUUUAAUUCUCACCAUUUUUUAGGAUACAAAUAUAGAACUACAAUCAAGUGUGCAGUGUACCAUAUUUUCCAGAUUGUAAGCAGCUACUUUUUUUCUCAUGAAUUGGGCAUACAGCUUAUAGACGGGCGCAGCUUGUAUGUGACCUCUAUCUCUGAACAAUGCUUUUUAAGUGCUGUACAUCUUAAAUAAUUAAUUCCAUCUUCCAUGGUGACAUUAUGCAGGAUAAUAUUGAUAUACGUAACCAUGCCCGGUUAUACAUCUGUUACAUUAUAUAUUACACUGUUAAUUUUAACAUCCACACUCACAUACACUAUCAAUGACUGCUUAAAUAUGUGUCCACACACACAUACACUAUCAAUGACUGCUUAAAUAUGUGUACACACAUACAUACACUAUCAAUGACUGCUUAAAUAUGUGUCCACACACACAUACACUAUCAAUGACUGCUUAAAUAUGUGUACACACACACAUACACUAUCAAUGACUGCUUCAAUAUGUGUCCACAUACACUAUCAAUGACUGCUUAAAUAUGUGUCCACACACACAUACACUAUCAAUGACUGCUUAAAUAUGUGUCCACACACACAUACACUAUCAAUGACUGCUUCAAUAUGUGUCCACACACACAUACACUAUCAAUGACUGCUUAAAUAUGUGUCCACACACACAUACACUAUCAAUGACUGCUUAAAUAUGUGUCCACACACACAUACACUAUCAAUGACUGCUUCAAUAUGUGUCCACACACACAUACACUAUCAAUGACUGCUUAAAUAUGUGUCCACACACACAUACACUAUCAAUGACUGCUUAAAUAUGUGUCCACACACACAUACACUAUCAAUGACUGCUUAAAUAUGUGUCCACACACACAUACACUAUCAAUGACUGCUUAAAUAUGUGUCCACACACACAUACACUAUCAAUGACUGCUUAAAUAUGUGUCCACACACACAUACACUAUCAAUGACUGCUUAAAUAUGUGUCCACACACACAUACGCUAUCAAU